UAUAUAAUUUCUUUGCACGUCGACCGCCAUUACAUGCUGUGGAUAAUCUUCUUCAUUCCUCGCGAUUUUUAUUGUUUUGGAUUCAAAAUUUAGCAGUUCUCUUCUUUGAGCGACUCUUUAUUUAUUCUACAACAUCUAAGAUUUCUAUUCAAGCUAAUUCAUGCAGAGUUCAAGUCUUCCGGACCUUAGUUCUCUUACAGAACACCAAGAAGACGGUACAUCAGACAGAUAUGGUAUUCCCUAUGGUCAGUCAAUAGAAUGGGCAACACCAAGACUAGCCAGUAAUCACAAGACAAGRACAGUGUCUGAUGGAGGACAUGGUGCUACACCAACAAGGAAUCUAAUGUUUGAGAAGUCCUUCAGUGAACCUUCUUCACCACACCACAAACAUAAUAGUGUGCCAAGAUCACAAGCUGAAGUCUAUGUCUAUCCACACUCCAAACUUACCCAUCAAGUCAGCAGCAGUAAUAGUAAUGAAGAGAUUAACACCAAAAACACUUYGCCUAAGUCCACCACUAGUACAGACCCAUUUACCAGGCACCAAGCUCUUCCCUUCUCAAAAAAAAAUGUCCAACUCCCAGGGGCUAGUCCGUUGAGGAAAUGGUCAUCAUAUUCUGGACUUACGCAUGAUGUAAUCGAAGGAAAGAGACCUGAUGAUGGAGGCAAGAGGUCUGAUGAAGAAGGACCCAAGAGCUACCAUGGGUCAGUUGAACAUAUAGACAGGAUGUAUGGGACAGCACCUGCGAUUCCUGCUAACUAUCAGUAUGGUGGUAAUGCACCUCAGCUAUUAACCCAAGGAAAUGUCCUUUAUGAACAAGGGUAUGGAACAAAUGCAUCUAUAGCAUAUGUUGCACCUCUGCGGCAAGACUCCAGUGCCCUAGAUGGGUAUGCCACACCCAAGAGUUCAUCCAGAUCAAGAACACCAUCUAGUACUCACAGUACGGAUGAUGGAGAUAAGUGGGACUCAUUGCYGAGGGCCAAGGAUGACUUGAUCUGUCAAAAGGAUCAAAUUAUUGAAAGACAAAAGAAAACUAUUGCCCAACUUCAACACAACCAACUCAGUAUGGAUGCUAAACUACAGCAUGCACUCCUCAUCAAGUCAUGUGAUCAAGACAGUGUAGUGACACUCAAGCUCCAGGAGUACCACUAUGAGAUGGCACAGCUCCGAGCGCAGUUAUCACAGAUGGCAGCAGAAAAAGAUGCAGAGAUAGAUAAACUACAAAGAAAACUAGGGGAGACAGAAUAUCUUCUUGACAAGAUGGAUGCUUGUGUGAAGGAUACUGCAGCCGKGAAAARCAAAGAUGUAGAAUCUUUACAGAAUCAGCUAUCAGAUAAGGACAAGCUGAUAUCUGAACUGCAGAACAAGAUAGAAUGUUCUAAACAAGAACACCUGAAUGUCAAACGUCGUAUGGAGAGUCUUGAACGGUAUUUAUCAGAUGUGCCCACCACUGAAGAACACCAGAACACUAUCAAAACACUGAAAGAAGUUCGUGAAGAGUGUUCACAGUUGAAGGACAUCAUCUCAAGUAAAGAUAGAAAACUGGCUCAAAUUAACAAGGCUUAUGGAACAAAGUCUGAGGAUGCCAAGAAAUUCCAUAAAGAAAACAAAGCUCUCAAAGAGAAAGUUUCAAGUCUCGAGACAAACUUGGAGAAGUACAAGAAGAAUGGACCAGUAUCAGAGAUUGAGUUCGAUGACCUUAAAAUGGAAAAUGAAAGAUUAGAAUCCGAGUUGAAUAGAAUGAAAAAGAUUCUAGAGGCUAAACACAAGAAAAUGAAAGCAUUACACGCACAGACACAAAAAUCACAGAAGGGACUAGAAGAACGCCUUGCACAGGAAGAGGACACAGUGGUGGCUCUUCGAGAUGAAAUAGCAUCAAAAGACAAAACAGUACAACAACUGAGAAAAUCACUUAAAGAAUUAUCGUCUCAGAAUCAAGAUCUAAUGGAACAAAAUCUAAACCUUAAAACGUCCUGCGACCAGUUUCAGAAAGCCAAGAUGGAAGAAUCUGAGAAGACAGAAGUGAGCAGAAAGCUUUGGAAGGAACUAUCAAAGUGCGUAUCAGACCUAAAGGCUAUUGUACAGCUAUGUAUGGCCAGAAAGAAAGGAGAAGAUCCAAAUAUGUCGCUAUUAUUGGGACUAAGAGGACCAUCAUUAGGGGGUGAUGAGUUUGAAGACCUCCGAGAUGAUUUGUCAGGUUUGAAAAGCAAGAUUCGUAAAAUUCAAGAAAUACAACAAGAGAUUGACGCAUUAAGAACGUUCGUGUCUGAUCAGUACGCAGAGGAUGUCGGGAAUAAUUGUAUCACGCAGUAGUCACGUGAACCAUCUUUUGAGUACUCGUGAUGAUCACGUGCACAACACGCGUCGAUUGUCAAACAAGAACAAACAGAUACUGAGCAGCUGGAGACAAGGAACGCUAGCCUGGGAUGCCUGUGGUUUUAUAGAAUGGUAAAUGAGGCGCAUGCACAAGUUGCGCACGCAUCAGCAUAAUUACUGUGGCUUUACUGCUAGAAAUUUCAUUGAGACGCAAUUUUUACUGAACAAUGACUGCAAGAAAUGUUUUCAAUACACUAAACUCACAUUUAAAAGAAGAAGCAAAUUAACCGAAACCCCGAAAAUUUCAACAACAACAACAACAACAAAAAAACUCGGAAAAACGCGAGGCAGUCGCCAAUCCAUUUAAUUGUUUUUCUCUAAACUACUGGACUAUCUCUGAAAUGCCUAUAGUAACACAUCCAAUCAGAAUGCAGGAAUAUCCAUUGCAUCAAACAUCCAUUGCUUUGUCCCCAGAACAAUUCCUCUCGGGACUCAAUGGGUCUAUAUCCUUCUACGAACCGUUCAUACCUAUAUUUAUUACAAAUAUCACAAUAUAGCAACUCAAUUAUCAUGSCCAUGUGACAUUUUUCAUAUUAACAUUAAACACGGGUGCACAAUACUCUUAUUAAAACACGGCUAACGACUACCGGGCUGAGCAAUGACAAAUGAAAUUAUAUUGACACAGCUUCACACUGCUGAUAUUUGACAAGGAAAUCUGUCKGAUUUAUGGUUUUCCUCAAAGGACAACAGACUCUUCAAAUUAGUCCUUCAAAAGGACAUCACAAUAUUUAUUUAUAAUUUUGCUGGAGAACAGAGUAAAUAUAUAUCUUUAUUAUUUAGAUUGAACGGGAAAUGAAGUCUUACAGUUUUGAAGUGCAUAUGUUUUUUUUUCUUACGUGUAGGAGGCAGUUUUGUAUUACUAUUUCUCAACGUUAGAUACGCAUUGCUUGAUCGAAAGUGACUGGGUUUUWAAAUAAGGGCAUAGAUUGAUUAAGGCCCCUUGCACACGUUUCCGGAAGAAGCUUCCAUAAAUUAAUAUAUAUAUAUCACUAUUUUUGCUUUGUAUAAA